GGUGCCAAAAUUAAACAUGUCGGGAAAGCUUUUUAGGUUUUUAGGGUCAUAAACAUCGUUCUCGUUCCCGCUUCCUCCAUCUGCUAUUUCCCGCUCACUCCAUCCAAUCCGGACAACGAAGUCAACCAUAGCAAUCUGCGAAGUCGACCAUAGCAAUCUGCGAAGUCGACAUCUGCUAGUUCAGCUCCACCUCCUUCCUAUUUUUAUUCCUCUUUCUGCACAUUCAAUCCGUCGCUCAGACCCUAAACUCUAAUACCCAGAAAUCAAUCAGAUUUGUCCGUCUCUCGCUUUGUGGACUGCAUCUUGUCGAUCUCCACUCUCAAAACAGGUCAGAAGCUCAAAGCUCACUUCUUUUCAUGUUUUGGGAGCUAAUCAAAACCAAGAUUCGAUUUGGCUUGGGUUUACUCCAGGGAAUUGGUCUUUUAUUUCAACAAAUCAAAUGGUUGAGGAGUCAAUAACUCUAAAAUCAGAUAGCCCUCCCCCAAUUUUCGACUUCUCUCUCUCUCCCUGAUCUAAUUUCGUUCUAUCAAACCAGAUAGAACGUUGAGGAGUCAAUAACUCUAAAAUCAGAACUUUAGAAGAUGCGGACUUUCAGUUCAUUAGUUCCUUGAAGGACAAUUUAAAUGCAGAGGUGGCACUUGGAACUGUCACCGAUGUCAAGGAAGCUUGUGCAUGGCUUGGAUAUAUAGACCUUUUUAUAAGGAUGAGGCUCAACCCUUUGGCAUACGGUAUCGCAUGGGAGGAGGCACUGUGUGUUGAUUACACUUAACCUAUAUAGUUGACCAGUUGACCAUCGUUGAAUGUUGAUGGCUUUUCUCCGGACUACAUUAUGCUUAGUUCACUUGAAUUUAGGUGCUUAUACAGGAAAAAUUUCUUUUGCAUUUUGCAGGUUAUGGCAGAUCCUUCCUUGAGUUUAAAGCAGAGAUCUCUGUAGCAGAUGCUGCGCGUGCCCUUGACAAAGCAAAAAUGAUGCGGUUUGACGAGAAAAGUGGCAAUUUUUAUUGUAUAGAGCUUGGUCGCAUAGCAAGCCACUUUUAUAUUCAAUACUCUAGUGUUGAAACCUCACAUGAAUGAGACUGAGGUAAUUGUUUUCUUUAAUAAACUUGUAUUGGAUUUGUGUGUGUUCAACAUUACCAUCACCCAAUUGUUUUCAACAAAAGUAUCUUUCCAAGUAAAUAAUAUAUCCCCUAGAGAUGUUGUUUGUUGUGGACUGAUCAUGCGCCUGUUAAAAGAAUGAGCUGGAAACUCGUAGUGUUUGUUAGUUGAGGGAACCCACUAGAGCCUUUAAAAGCGUGUCUUCAUAGGAAAAAUGUAUGGGUGAUCCAUCCAUGACUGGUAAUAUUACUAUCUUGUUAUGUUUGAUAUCAUUGUACUCUUCUUGCUGGUCCUCCAUUUAAUAAGCCUACUGUCUCGUAAGCUUCAUGGCAGCCAUCUUUCUUAAAUGAUUGUAAACCAACACAACCUUCACAUACAUGAGAUGACUGUAACAAUUUUCAACCUGCUGUUAAUGUCUUGGAAGCAGAGCUGAUAUAAUGCUACAGGUCAGCAGGAGAGGAAACAAAGAUGGAAUUGCUGCUGAUCCAAAUAUUGACACUAAAAUGAAGACUAUCUCAGUUGAAGGACAAAAGAAAAACCUCCAGACUGACUACAUUUUGAAAGUGGGUGGUCCAGUUGGAGAUGCGGAUGAGAUUUUAAGAAGGUGGAAAAUAAGGAGGCAUGAGUUGCGGAGUUCAAUGAACACUAUCAUUCUUCCCCUCGGAAAAAUUGAUGUUGGACAUUCACGCCACCGGGCCCUUCUCUUUAAGGUACUAGCUGAUAAGAUAAAUCUUCCAUGUAUGCUGGUCAAAGGUAGCUACUACACGGGUACUGAUGAUGGAGCUGUAAACUUGAUUAAAAUUGAUAGUGGAAUUGGAAGUGAAUAUAUUAUUGAUCUGAUGGGUGCGUCUGGAACACUAAUUCCUACUAAGAUGUGGUUCAUGAUGUGUCUCAGCAUAUGGAAGAGGUUCAAGAUGCAACCAGUGGCCAUGAAUUUAGAAGGGAGUCCAUAGGAGAAGGAGUUCAUCCACAUUCAACUAGUGAUCAAGAAAUUGAGCAUGCUCCAGUACUCACCAAGCCCCUCUAGUAAAUGAUAAAUAGUAUUGUGGUCAAGGAUGCUUUUGAACAAUAUUACGUUUGGCAACUUUUCCUUCCAGUUAUCUAGUAUGGUAGGACAUUAUAAUUAUGAAAGACUGUAGUUUGGUUAAUUUCAGUUUGUACUUGGUAGUGGAAUAUAACUUGGCACUUAUCUUUUGAUUAUAUAAUUUCAGUUGUGAGAUAGCUAUGAUUGAAAGAA